CCCCCUUUAUUUUAUUUUUAUGUUUGUUAAAAUUCCAUUCACAUUUGAUGAUUUAGGUGUGUAGUAUAUAUAGAUGCAACUCUCUCAACACACACACAAUAUAUUGUAUAUCAACUAGUACAUUCGAUUACUCUCAACCACAUUAUUGUAAGAGAGAUCAUAGAGAUUGACAUGGCAACUACCACCUUCUCGUCUCGUGGUGUACAAACGAUGAACACCAUGUUCGUCAAGCCGAUGCUUAGGAAAUCGAUCCACAAGAAGAGCGCGUCACACGACAUAGUUAGGGACACGGUGAAGACGGAUGGAGCCGGCUGCGCAGGAGAGGAGAUGAAGACGACGAGAGGUUUCUCCGUCGCCGGAGAUACGUCGUCGUCAGAGAGUAGUUGGAUCCCACAUGAAGGUACGGGAAUAUACUAUCCAAAGGGACAGGAAAAGGUGAUGCAAGAUGUGCCUCCUCCUCCAGCUGGCAGCAACGUGGACGAGCUCGUUAAUUGGUUCUCUUGAUAUACACUCUAUUGUAUCAUCUCGAUCUCAUGAUCUCAAAAUUAUUAUCUCUAUAAGUCUAGUUAUUAUUGUAAGGUACUUCUCUGCACCAGUCCUAUGGUAUGAUACAUCAUGUGUGUAAUUAUAAGUGGAUAUGUAUGGUGGUCAUAUAACCAAUGAUAAUGAAUAAUAGUGAUAUUAUGUAAA